CCCGUUUUUCUCCGAGCCCUGUUUGCUGUGCUCUUGUGGAGAAGCGCGUGCCAGGUACAGCGUUUGCGGCCCCUGAAGGCUGGCUUGGGACUGCUCUGAUCCGCGCGCGGCGGCGGAGCAUGGAGGGCCCCCCGGAAGGGGAGGCGCCGGCGGCGGCGCGGGCCGCGGUGCUUCAGCACAGCUCGGCGCUGCCGUCCGAGAGCGCCCAGGUCCGGGGCUACGACUUCAACCGUGGCGUGGACUACCGCGCGAUGCUGGAAGCCUUCGGCACCACUGGUUUCCAGGCCACCAACUUCGGCCGCGCGGUGCAUCAAAUCAAUGCCAUGAUAGAGAAGAAGCUGGAGCCUCUGCCGCAGGAUGAAGACCAGCACGAAGACCUGACCCAGAGCCGCCGCCCACUCACCGGCUGCACCAUUUUCCUGGGCUACACGUCCAACCUCAUCAGUUCAGGCAUCCGUGAGACCAUCCGCUAUCUCGUGCAGCACAACAUGGUGGAUGUCUUGGUUACUACGGCUGGGGGCGUGGAGGAGGAUCUCAUCAAGUGCCUGGCACCCACAUACCUGGGCGAGUUCAGCCUCAGGGGGAAGGAGCUACGUGAGAACGGGAUUAACAGGAUUGGGAACCUGCUGGUGCCCAAUGACAAUUACUGCAAGUUUGAGGACUGGCUAAUGCCCAUUCUGGACCAGAUGGUGCUGGAGCAGAACACAGAGGGUGUGAAGUGGACGCCUUCCAAGAUGAUUGCCCGCCUCGGCAAGGAGAUCAACCACCCAGAGUCAGUGUAUUACUGGGCCCAGAAGAACCACAUCCCCGUAUUGAGCCCGGCACUCACAGAUGGCUCGCUGGGCGACAUGAUCUUUUUCCAUUCCUACAAGAACCCGGGCCUGGUCUUGGACAUCGUGGAGGAUCUGAGGCUCAUCAACACACAGGCCAUCUUUGCGAAGCGCUCUGGCAUGAUCAUCCUGGGUGGGGGUUUGAUCAAGCACCACAUCGCAAAUGCCAACCUCAUGCGGAAUGGGGCUGACUAUGCUGUCUACAUCAACACGGCCCAGGAGUUUGAUGGCUCUGACUCUGGUGCCCGGCCGGACGAAGCUGUCUCUUGGGGCAAGAUCAAGAUGGAUGCAGAGCCUGUCAAGGUCUAUGCUGAUGCCUCCCUGGUCUUCCCCUUGCUUGUGGCUGAAACCUUUGCCCAGAAGGUAGAUGCCUUCAUGCCUGAGAAGAACAAAGACUGACAGCGGUGGCCCUCCCCCUAUUUAUUUGUUUUCAGACCCGGCCCCUCCCCCACUCCUUGGUCAGUAGCACGUCUGGAAUAAAUGGUCUCAGUGGU